CUCAACGGUUAGCAGAGAAGAUAUAAAACCAGGCGGAGCAGCAGAAGAACGAGACAGAGUCUGACUGAAUCCACUCCGGCUGACAGCUCUCACUCUCUCAUGAGAAAAUGGACACCUCCCGACUUCUCUUCCUCGUCUUCGUGGUGAUAACUCCAUCAGAGUGUUCAGAGCCAGCCGACCCCAAAUGUGAGGACUUGGACCCGGAGACAUACAGUGUUCCUGAAGGAGAGGCAUUUUAUUUUGUGCCUGGCGAACUCGACAGAAACAUCUCUGAUGAACGGGUCACAUGGUACAAAAAUGAGAUUGAGAAUAUCACCACUGACGAGGACAAGAGUGUACAUUACCAUCGCGGAGCACUCUUUUUCUUAAACCUCGUCACCGAGGACUCCGGCUCUUACACUGCCAGGGAAAUCGAGCCAUCAGGAGAAUGUUACAACCAUCAUCUAAAACUUGACGUCCUCAAAGCGAGCCCUACGACGAACACGGAACUCCUCUACGGACAAAUCAAAAACUCUGGUCUGAACAAACGGGUCCCAUGUCCACGUCCUGUCAGAAGGAUGUGUGAACAUUUGGGUGGAUCCUUCAGCUGGAAGAAGGGCUCCGUUCCCCUUAAAGGUCGCCAUAAAGCCGACCUGCGCAUUGAAAAUUCUAACAAAGAUGACAUGGGCAUCUACACUUGCAUUUGUACCUGGACGCACAACAACAAGGAGUACAGCUCUUCGGCCUCCCGGUGGCUGAAAAAUGAAGGUCUAAGUGUUGACCGUAAGGUACAGAUCAUCUCUCCGACCAACAAGGAGCAGUUUGCUGAGGAAGGAGUCGGGAUCAAACUGAACUGCUCAGUUUUCUGUGGGACAAACGUGAAAGUUCGCUGCGACGCUAGGUGGAAAAUUAACGGACCCACUAAAUACGAUCAAACCACCGAAACAGUCGUCCUGAACGCUACACAGAGCACCUUCUCCACUGCAAUCCUGACCAUUGACAAAGUGUCUGCUAUGGAUUUCAAGACUGAAUUUGAAUGCGUCGGCAGCGGUGGGUACACCGCAGCGUCUACCACUUUAACUCUGAAGAGGAGAGCGUCAAUAAUCCCGCUGGUCAUCGGAGGAGUGUGUGUGUUGUUCUUCUGUGUGUUUGCCGCCGUGCUGGUCAAAUGCUUCGCUAUCGACCUCGCUCUCAUCUUCAGACCUUACUUCCCACUAAGCCGUUACAAUAAAGAUGGGAGGGUUUACGAUGCCUAUGUGGUCUACCAGACGCAGAGCAUGGACAAGGUCACCGAGGACAAACUCUGUCAGUUCGUCACUAAUACUUUACCUGCCGUCCUCGAGGAGAAGUGCGGAUAUCGACUCUUCAUCCACGGGAGGGAUGACAUACCCGGGGAAGACCGUCUGGAGCUGGUGGAGGACCGCAUGAAGCAGAGCAGGAGGCUGAUGGUCAUCCUCACCCCGGGUUCAGGAGCAGAGUCCGAGACCACGGACGAGCAUCCCGCCUCGGUCCAAAACUCAGUGAUAGGAGAGUUUGACUGGCAGGUGGGACUCCACCACGCGCUGCUCCAGAGGGAAAUGAGUGUGAUUCUGGUCCAGCUGGGCGACACCGGGCCUCACGGAUACAAACACCUCCCCGCCGGCUUGCAGCACCUGAUUCACAAGAGCGCCCCCAUCAGGUGGCCGCAGGGUUCGCGGGGCGCCGCGUCCUCGAACUCACGCUUCUGGAAGAGAGUGAGAUACCUGAUGCCCGCCACACCUGCUAGAAAAUACCCACAGUCUGCUAUUAUCUGAAACCCUUAAAGAUUUACUUUGGCCUUCCUGGAAAGAAGCAUCAGUCCCGUCACACCCUUCAUACAGAUGUGUGGGAUCUACACUUUCACUGACAGAAACAAAAUAAAACUCACCCUAACCCACGUCGUUAGUCUUUCCAGCAAUCACCAACUCUGGUUUGGUCGAAAUAAACUCUUAUUUCAUAGAGUUUGAUGUGAAAAUAUGCCGACUCUACACUGUUUCUCCUGCUGUCUCUCUCUCGUUCUUCGGAGGCAGACCGUUAAACGAGCUAAAUAAAAUAACAAACAUCGCCGACCUCAUCGCAUACUAUUGUUUUUUAAGGAACUUCUCGCCUGUCUUCCUGCUUUAUCACUCAUGGCCGUACAAUUCAGAUAGGGAUGCACCGAUACCACUUUGCUUCAGACCGAGUACAAGUACUUACAUUUGGGUACUCGCCAAUACCGAUACGAGUUCUUCUCUGUGCCAGAAGACCCUCGUUGACAGCCAGCUGGAGGGUGUGAGCGACACACGGCAGGCUGGGGAGUCCCGCAUACGAGGCGGUGCGCCGCCACCGGCUCUAGGUCGGCUUGGAAAGGCUCAGGGCGAAGGUGGCUCGCGGCCGCAGCUUUACAGCGCUCCCCACCCGGACCUCGCCACACCAUAGACAAAGGGCUUGCUGCGCCCUCUCUCCCCGCCGGGGACAGCCAACUGCUCCCGGUGCGACUGUCGACCGGGGGGACUGUCCUCAGUGCGCCCCAACCGAGUUGUGCCGCUAGAUCGGGGCUCGGCCCACGUUAAAGGCGCCAAGGGUCUGCGGCGAUGUCUGCAACCCACCUGCCCCGUCUUGAAACGCGGACCAAGGAGUUUUGCGAAUACGAGUACAAGUACAUGAGCACAUAUUGGACCCGAUACCCGAUACUGAUACUGGUAUCGGUAUCGGUGCAUCCCUAAAUUCAGAGUAUGAGAUUGGCGGAGGUUGAACAAAUCCCGCCCUUUCAAAACUACGCACUGACCGCUAACGUUACUCACGUUAACUAACAGUCCGCUUCCAUGUUUCGGUACGGUUGGCUUUCACACCUGAUGCGAACCGUACCUGAGUACGUAGUACCUCGUAGUAUGUAUGACUGUAUUACUCAAGCUAACGUUAGCUAGCCAUGCUAGUCACUGUCUCCAGCAUCAUUUAUCCGUUCACCACACUGACGGUGAAUAUUCACGUAUCGUAUGAGCCUCAGGUGUCGGAGUGAAAGCCUCGGUAAACCCGCUACACAACAGCUUUUCAUCAUUUAACCUCCUGUGACUGCGAGUUUCUUUCUUCAUCACAGAGACAUGCUGACAACACGCUGGGUUUAUUGUAUGUUGUUGUUUUUGCAACACUUUUGCGUUAUGAUUUUAUCAGGAUACUGUAUGGACCUACAGGAUAUUCUCUCUUAUUUAUGUUUAAUCAGCACUUUGGUCAACGUUUGUUGUUUUUAAAUGUUCUCUAUGGACCGUUUCACAUUCGUAAAACAUACUAAAUGUGUCCCAUCAGUUUAUUUCCGGUUGUAUGAAUGACAUCAGCUGACAGGAAGUAAACACGGACCCAAGCUGUGGAAACGGUCUAUAAAUAAACGUGACUUGACUUGUGCUGAUUUGAAGUGGCCGACUGAAUGUAGACUUUAUUUAUAUUCUUUGUGAUUAUUUUACUUUGUGUGGUUUGUAUUAAGCUGUUUUGUUGUGAACUUUUAUUUUGAAAUGUGCAGGAUUUGUCAGGUUGUUCUUGAAAUGUAUGCCAUUAUUGUUCUCUAUAUAUUAAUAAAAAAUGUCACAUAUAACAUAGAAGAUA